AUGGUUGACGAAGUGAUCAAUAGACUAGAGAACAUGAAACUUACAACAGAAAAGGAAGAAGUUAUAGUGGUUUCCGAUGAAGAAAGAAAGGAUGAGAUUGAAAGUUGUGCGCAGAGUUUAAUCGGAAAAUUCCUUACAUGCAAACCCUUCAACAAGAGGGCAGCUUAUAAUACUCUUAAAAAGGUGUGGGGCUUACACAAUGGGGUCCAGAUUAUGGAAGCUGGUCCAAAUCUUUUCCAAUUCAAAUUUCAUACGGAGUUUGACAUGGAUAGGGUGCUCAAAGGGGGUCCAUGGUCAUUUGAUAACCAAGCCCUAAUGUUACGCAGGUGGCAAAAAGGCAUGACGGCCAAAAACGUGAAAUUUGAGUCCGUUUCCUUAUGGUUCCAAAUCUGGGGGGCCCCAUUUGAUAUGGUAUCUCCCAAGGUGGUGGUGGAGGUGCGGAGGAGACUAGGGGUUGUAGAGGAAGUUGAGAGGAGGCAAAAACAGGAGCAUCAGAACCUUUUUAUGAAGAUUAAGGUUGCGCUCCCAAUAGCAAAACCGAUCCGGAAAGGUGGAUUUAUAGUAGGCUCGGACGGUGGUUGUACUUGGGUUACCUACAGAUACAAGCGGCUCCCGAUGUUCUGCCAUUACUGUGGCUUGCUGGGACAUGAUGUUCGUCACUGCGCUGGCUUCUUUGCAGCGUCAAAGAAUGGGGGCGAGGUGGAAUGUCAGUAUGGUGAGUGGCUAAAGUCUAUGCGGGCACGUUCAUGGUCUCCACCUAAAGGUGGAUAG